GGGCGAGGCAUUAUUCAGUAGUGACGUGGUUACUCGGAGGGACGCGGUGCGGAUCAGCAGUGGGUCUUGCCAGCCAGCCAGACACUCGCUCGUCUCAGGAAGGUUCGGCCUCUUUGGUGAUCCUCCUUCCCCGUCUCCUCCUCCUACCACUACUCACCGUCGCUUCCACGGGACUACUCCGCUGCACACCUCACCGCCACCAUGAAUGAGAGCAUCUGUGACUCCCUGGACAAGGAGCAGAUCAGCGGUCUGCGCAAGGCCUUCGAUGCUUUCGACACAGAGAAGAAGGGCGCCAUCAAUGUGGAAACCAUCUCCACCAUCCUGAGAAUGAUGGGCGUCAGGGUGUCUGAGAGCAACCUGCGUGAGAUCAUCAGCGAGGUCGACGAAGACGGCUCUGGUGAACUCGAGUUUGAGGAAUUCUGUGCCCUGGCCGCCAAGUUCCUUAUUGAAGAGGAUGAGGAGUCACUGAAGGCGGAGCUGAAGGAAGCUUUCCGUAUCUAUGACAAGCAGGGCGACGGUUACAUCACGACGAAGACACUGAAGGAGAUCCUGCGUGAACUGGACAACAAACUGACGGAGGAAGACCUGGAUGGCAUCAUUGACGAGGUGGACGAGGACGGCUCCGGCACCCUCGACUUUGACGAGUUCAUGUCUAUGAUGGCCGGCUAAAGAAACUCCAUCUUCAUCUUCAUCUUCCUCUUCCUCCUCCUCCUCCUCGUCCUCGUUCUCGUCCUCCUCCUCCUCCUCCUCCCGCUCCUGUUCAUCUUUCUUCCAUCCGUCGUCCCUUAUGCCCACACUCCCUCUUCUCAUCCUAAAUAAUGCCCGCUAUUUCAUACCAUCUAUGGAAUCAUUUGAGAGGUGGCCUUCCUCCUCCUCCUCCACCUCCUUCCCAUCUUUAGCACAGCCACGAUCAUCUUGUGAAGGCCAAUUGGGUAAUAAGCGAGCACAGGAAGGAAAUGAACACAAAGGAUAAGCUAACACAGAAUUCCAGCACUGCUUUGUAAUUUGUGGCGAUGAUGGCUGGUUAACUCUGCUUCCUGUCCACUACUCAUAACACUACAGUAGUUUACUUAACGCUUGCAUGAUUCUACCAUUACCUAAGGUUACUUGCAUGGUAUACAGCUCACACACUCAGUCACUCUACUUCUCACUCUCCCUCAUCGCUUACUCAACACCAACAUUGCCACUCACCUCCUCUUUCCUACUCUUACUCCUCUUCCUCCUCAACCUCUUCCUGCUUGUCUUCCUACUCCUACUCUUGCAAGACGCGUCCUUAAUAAGGGUCCGCGGCGCCUCAAAAAACAAAUGCCUUUUCUCACUUUCAGAGUUCAUGGAAAUGAUGACCGGUUAAUAGUCUCCCCUAACCCUUCCCCCCACCAUCCACCUCAAAACCUUAGAAAAAGUGCUGUAACAAAGAACACAACGAGACAAGUACUAUAACAUCAUCUACCCAUAAGACCUGUUCCCAAUCACCACCAUCUAUCUACCACAAUCCAACCAACCACCACCCUCACUUUUCCUUCAACACCCUAAGUUAACGCCACAAUCAGCGACUCUCAGCUCCAGAGAUAAAGUCAAAACAGAAUUUGACCUGAUCUCUGCCGUCACGAGGAGGAUAUGGACCACGCCAGCUAACUCGAGCAGCCAGACAGUGCUACACCAAGCCAAGAGUUCCCGUCCACGAGUAUCAAGCCGAAAGUAUAGCCAAGGUCAGAGGAGAGUCCACGCUACUGACAAGACUGAAGAGAGAAAGAUGUCGAGAAUCCACCUACAAACGGCAAAGAAAAUUAAAAGUCAAAUAAGAAGAGGAAUGAAGUCGAGAAUCGAGGGCGACAACCAAGAAGAAUUCCUGGUUCGCCUCAACAACACCAGCCUCACCACUAACAACACCAGCAGCACCUUUGUCAGCGUGGGCAGGAGGCAACCCGUCUAAACUAAAAUAAAUGACCAGGAUGCCCGUCUGUCUGUCCAUAUCUGUCUGUCCGUCUGUCUGUUUGUCUUGAGGGGAGAGGAAGCUUUUAAAUCUUCCAAACUUCACAUAUACCUUUCAAUGUUACACUUUCUUUUAUAACCAUAUUAUAUUUUUCUCUUUUAAUAUUUAUCCUCAGUUAUCAAAGGAUCUUCAUUAUAUAUAUUAUUAUCAUUAUCAACAUCUUCACGUUCCUGGAUUUGCUGUUUUGUGACAUCAAUAAACAGUGACAACAAUGACAAAAGGAA